AUGAUUUUAAUAAAAAAAAAAUUAUAUAAUUAUUAUAUACAUAAAAAAUAUCUUUAUACUUUAUAUACUUAUAAUAGAAUUUUUUAUAAAAAAUUUUAUUAUAAUAAUAAAAUUAAUUUAUAUAAACAAAAAUUAUAUACAAUAUGUAUAUAUUCACGGGAACAAAAUAAAUUAUAUAUGAAAGAAUUUUCAGGAAUUUUAAUAAAAAAAAACAAAGUUAAAAAUUUAACAAAUUUACAUUUAUUUUGUUUAAAAAGAUAUAAUAAUAUUUAUUUAUCUUUUUUUAAAGAACAUCCAAAUAUUUUAAUAAAAUAUAAAAAUAUUUAA